UCCCCAGAUAACGCCCAAGACACAUCCUAACAGGAUACUCUUCAUCUCUUUACCAAAUCAACAUAGAUAGUCUUCGCGACGAUGUCGACCCCCGGAAAACCCGGAAAACCCUACAUCUCCAACGGACAAGUCCUAGAAAGUCCUCCGCUCACUACUCGCAUUAUCCGUUGGAUCGAUGAUGUCUACUUCUUCUUCGGACUGUAUUUCGUGACGUUGUUUUCGCUUGAUCCCCUGAAAGCAGCAGAGGAGUCGAAAUUCAAUAUUCGAAGAUCAGGCAAUUCCUACAAUAACAGACCGCGAUGGGGUGGUAGUUCUGGAGGAGGCGGUCCCGGCGGUCCUGGUGGUGGCGGUGGUGGUCCCAGGAGAAUUGGAAGAGUUGAUGAUAUCAGAGGCCCUGAGUGCAAGAGCUGUGGAUAAGAGGGAAAUGCAACUAUUAUGUGGCAUGUUGGGGAUACUGCGGGGGUUUGAUCUUUCCAUGCGAAAGGCUACGUUACGGAUACCAUGCGUUUAGUUAUUAUAAAUUGUCCUAUUUGAUUCUUUCUACU